AUGACUCACAGUUUCCCAAGAGGAUUGCCUUCAUUCUACAUCAGAGUGUACAAGAUUGUGGACGAUCCUUCGUUGGAUCCGAUCAUCUCGUGGAGCAAAAGCAACAAUAGCUUCAUCGUUUGGAAUGUGGAAGAGUUUUGCCGAGUGAUUUCUCCGAAAUCAGUAGGUCUGGGAAGAAGUAUCUCACGGUUUUUCUGCGAUCUUCGUUAUCAUGGCUUUAAAAGAAUCAACGGGAGGCCUGGUCGAUUGGAAUUUGGACAUGAUGAUUUCGUCAGAGGACAACCUCAGCUUUUGAAGAAGAUGAUGGUCAAAACAUGGACGGAGAGGAUGGAGAAAAAUAAAGCAAAGAAAGCUAGAGCCAAAGCUAGGAAAGCUAGAGUCAAAGUAGAGCAUCUCUUGCAAAAUUUACAAAUUUGA